GUAGAAACCGACCAGGAAGUAUAAAUAUACGGAACCGUUGACGUUGGAUUGAGAGUUUAUUCAACUUGAUAAAACAAUUAGAAUAUUCCGUUCUAGUGAAGAUAUUCCAUGACCAUGGAUCCCGAGGACAGUGCCCAGGAGGUUGUAUGCUGCAUCCUGUGUCAGGACUCUGUGCCCCUUAUGUACUGUGAAGUUUGUGAUAUACAUCUGUGUAAAGACUGUGUAGAGAAACAUCUUCUUGAUGUUUAUAAAUUCCAUAAUGUAAUACCACUUAAACAGUACUGGGGAGAACUAAAUUAUCCUAAAUGUAGGAGACACCACACCAAAGAAUGUGAUCACUACUGCCAACAAUGUGAUAUUCCUAUUUGUACACGAUGUAUUUCUAGAAAACAUUUAGGACAUAACAAAGUUGACAUCUUAUUUUUUUUUAAAAGCAAAACGAAAACUUUACAGAGCGAUUUAUGCGAACUUGAGAAAUCAAUUUAUCCUAAAUAUCAAGAGACUGCAUCUAGCAUUCCAGUUCAGAAAGCUGAUCUGAAUGAAUUAUCAAAGAAGUUGACAUCUCUUAACAAACGAGAAGACGUCUGGAACAAGGAAAUACAAACUAUAAUUAAAAACCUAAAUAAAAUGGAAAAUGUAAUUGCACAUACAGUUUCUGAAAUCAGACAUAGCAUUGCUGCACUGAAGAAAAUACUGGUCUCUGAAGACAUCCGCCUUAUCUCUGAGUACAAAUCCAGGAAUGCUGAAUUCAGAAAAAUGCCUCCUAAUCUCAGAGUAUCCUUAACAAACUUUGGGCCUCGGGAAAUCAAUAUUGAUCAGUUGAUUGAAGAGUUUGAUUCUUUGUCAGCAUUAUAUUUUAAAACAAAGGAACAAGACUACAGCAUGCUGACAAAGGGAGCCGAGUCCUUUCCCCCAGACCGGUCACUCAUGGAUGUUCCCCAGGUCAUUACAGUUAUAAACACAGGGUAUAAAUAUCUACACGGUGUUAUCUGUCUGAAUGAUGAAAACGUAUGGACGAAUGGUGAUGACAGCAUAAAACUCUUCAACCUCCAAAGUGAACUUGUGCAGUCAAUCCAUACCAAGACAGGUAAGGAGCCACGUGACAUAGCAGUGACAAAGAGUGGGGAUCUCGUUUAUACUGAUUAUCAUGAAAGAACAGUUAAUGUGGUGAAAAAUACGCAGGUAGAGACAUUGAUCAGCGUAGGGCAUUGGAAACCUCAUGGUGUUUGUAUAACUUCCUCUGAUGGCCUCCUGGUUGUCAUGGACAAUGAUGAUGAUAAACAAACAAGAGUUGUGCGUUACUCUGGAUCCAAAAAGAAACAGCGUAUUCAAUACAAUGACAAAGGACGACCUCUUUAUUCAUCUGGUGGCAUUAAAUAUAUCACUGAAAACAAAAAUCUUGAUAUUUGUGUGUCAGACUGGAAAGCUGAUGCGGUAGUGGUUGUUAAUCAGGCCGGGGAACAUCGGUUCACAUACACCGGCUCUCCGACUACAACAGUUGUGUUCUUUAGACCAUAUGACAUCACUACAGACAGUCAGAGUCGAAUCCUAGUGGCAGACUGUUACUUGCACAACAACCGUAUCCAUAUCCUGGAUAUUGAUGGACAGUUCCUUCGCUACAUUGACAACUGUCAAUUACUUGGCCCAUGGGGUGUGUGUGUGGACACCAGAGACAACCUCUUUGUGGCUGAAAAUGACACAGAUAGAGUGAAAAAAAUCCAAUAUUACGUAUAAUCAAUUGACUGCAUGAAGUGGAAUAAUAUACAAUUAUUGCAUUUUCUGAGGUCAAUACGAUUAUUAAUCUAUCCGGUAAGUACAAUAUUCACCGAAUCGAAGGCGAGGUGAAUAGUAUACCUCUAGGGUAGCUAAAUCAUCGUAUUGUUCGAAAAAAAUACAAUGAUUUUAAUAUAUGACUCAGCGACGAAUUGAUACAGACAUAUAUUUAAUUGAGUGUUAUCAAGCAACGUUUUAAUUUGAAGCCAUAGCCGAACAAAUUGAGAAACGUGAUGUUUCACUACACGAUCUAUUUUUAGUCCAAUGUGGAGAAACUCAAAUGUUAUAUUGACCUUCUAGGUCACGUGCAGGUGAAUAUAACGUUCUGUUUGGUGUUUUUUUCGAGAUCGUUGGAUACUAGCCAAUCAGAGAGCUAGGAAUUAAUUAAUCAUAUAAUAACAACUAUGAUGUAAACAAAUUAUCAUAUUCCAAUAA